GCCUCCUUCGGUGUUCCAGUCCUGUCCAACGAACCAUAUUCUCACUUUUGUUUUUAAAAAAGAAAAAGAAGAGAAGAGACAGGAGUCAUUGUUCAGAUCAGGGUCCGGUUCUUCGUUUCGGUGGUCCGAAGCUCUGUUUCUAAUCUCCAGAACCUCUAUUGUCCGCCAGGGCCCAGAACGCUUUCGUACAUUGUGUUCGGGUUGAGUCAGAUCUAGGCCUUCAAUAUUCGUAUUUUAUAAGUGAUUGAAUUGCACUGUAGAGCCGGUAUUGCGUAACAAUGGGUGAGAAAUCGAGGUCCAGAGGCUGGUGCGGUUGGUUUCUGGUUCUAGUAAUCUUGGCCCUCGUUGUCGGUGCGGUGGUAAUCACCGUAAGAAAAAAAAAGGGUGGCUCAGAUGAGGCGGCUCCGGUGCCGGGUCCUCCAGGCGCGACUGUCAAGAAAUACGCCGACGCUCUCAAGACCGCUAUGCAAUUCUUCGACGUACAAAAAUCUGGCAAGUUGGUAGAUAACGGGAUAUCUUGGAGAGGAGAUUCGGCUUUGAAAGAUGGAAGCGCAGCUGACUUGGAUCUGUCAAAAGGAAUGUAUGACGCUGGGGAUCACAUGAAGUUUGGUUUUCCAAUGGCCUUCACUGCUACAGUGUUGUCCUGGGCUAUCCUCGAGUAUGGAGAUCAAAUGGACACUGUGAAUCAGUUGGAACCUGCUAAAGACUCGCUCAAGUGGAUCACAGAUUACUUCAUCAACGCCCACCCUGCUGAAAAUGUUCUCUACAUUCAGGUGGGUGAUUCCAAAGCAGAUCACAAAUGUUGGGAUAGGCCUGAAGUCAUGACCGAGAAGAGGCCACUCACGCAGAUAAACACAACUACUCCAGGAACAGAGGUUGCAGCUGAGACUGCAGCAGCAAUGGCUUCAGCAUCUCUGGUGUUUAAGAAAACUGAUUCAGCUUACUCUGACAAACUCCUUAAGCAUGCCCAACAACUAUUUACUUUUGCUGACAAAUAUAGACAUUCUUAUAGUCUUAGCAUCCCUGACGUCCAGACCUACUACAAUUCAACUGGAUAUGGAGAUGAGCUCUUAUGGGCAGCUAGUUGGCUCUAUCAUGCUACAGGGGAUCAAUCAUACCUUCAGUAUGUGACGGAACAUAAUGGAAAAGCCUUUGCUCAAUGGGGAAGUCCAACCUGGUUUAGCUGGGAUAACAAGCUUGCAGGAACCCAGGUUCUGUUGUCCAGGUUAAGCUUCUUUGGCUCCAAAGACAUCUCGAACUCACAGAAAUCUGGUCUUCAAAUGUACAGAAAGACAGCUGAGGCUGUUAUGUGCGGCCUCCUACCAGAUUCUCCAACAGCAACAGAGAGCAGAACUGAAAGCGGUCGUCUUAUAUGGGUCAGUGAAUGGAACUCUUUGCAGCAUCCUGUCGCUUCUGCAUUCUUAGCUGCUCUUUACAGUGAUUACAUGCUUACAUCCCGAACUGCAAAGCUCUCAUGCGAUAAAGAUUCCUUCUCCCCAGCAGAUCUUCGGAAAUUUGCCAAAUCGCAGGCUGAUUAUGUCUUGGGUGACAAUCCUCUGAAAAUGAGUUUUCUUGUGGGUUACGGCGACAAGUACCCGCAAUAUGUGCACCAUAGGGGAGCUUCAAUUCCAGUUGAUGCAAAGACUGGCUGCACUGAUGGGUUCCAGUGGCUUGUCUCUGAUGAACCCAAUCCAAAUUUAGCCAUUGGAGGACUUGUUGGUGGGCCUUUCAAAAACGAAACUUACAUCGACUCCCGGAACAACUCCAUGCAAGGGGAACCAACUACAUAUAAUAGUGCGGUCAUUGUUGGCCUCCUAUCGAGUUUGGUCACCACCUCAUCAGCAGUUCUAUCCUUUACUUAAAGCUGCUUUAGUAGAUAAUAACUACUGGAUGUCUGUAUUAUAUCUAGCCGUUUACUUGACCUGUUCCUCUGAAAAGUUCUAAAUUCGUUGCUUUACACGGGUGAGAUGUGAUUUUUGGCUCAAUCUGAUGAGCUUUCCUAGUCAUUUGUUUUAGUAAGCGUCAGAUAUGCUUCUAUUUUGCAGUGAUUGUGUAUCAAUCUGUUGUUGGUGUAA